AUGAAGUUAGUACGGUUUCUGAUGAAACUCAGUCAUGAAACUGUAACAAUAGAGUUGAAAAACGGUACUCAAGUUCAUGGGACUGUUACUGGUGUAGAUGUGGCGAUGAACACACAUUUGAAAGCAGUGAAAAUGACAGUGAAGAAUAGAGAUCCAUUACAGCUGGAUACAUUAAGUAUUCGAGGCAACAACAUUCGUUAUUACAUUCUUCCUGACUCUCUUCCUCUGGAAACCUUACUCAUCGACGAUACACCUAAAGCAAAGGCAAAAAAGAAGAAAGAAAUGGCAAGAAAUUCUGUCCGUGGACGAGGCCGUGGUCGGGUUAGAGGUAGAGGCAGGGGAAGAGGACGAGGAAGGCGUUGA